AUGGAGGACUCCCCACGGCGCGGGGACCACCGCCUGAGCGCUAGUAUGCGACCCAUCUUUACCCAUAGACACUCUUCCGAUCACCUACCUGAGCGCUUCAAAGACGGAGAUGAUGCUCAAAUGGACUACACUGCACCGCCCCAGGGUGUGGGCUCCCGAGAUGGCAACUUUCACUACAUGCACCAGUCUCUGUUUGGUGUGAUCGCAGCAGUCGGCUCUCGAUCCGACUUUCGGGGGCGGUUCGAUGAUUUGAGUGACAGUGAUGAUGAGCCCGACAAACUACCGCAAAUGCAACCUCAUCAACUCCAAUCUCCAAGCCAAGAAAGUUCACCCGACCGAUAUCAAACUAGGAUAAGCACUGAAACAAAGACCGAAGAUGAGGCUGAGGAGCGAGGACGUCAGCAUCGAAGGACGAUAUCUGAAACUAAGCUUCUGCAGAAGCUCCCAGGAUUGAGGUCAAAGGACCGAGCCGAUGAUCCUUCUAACCUGAAUUCUUCAACUCUCACACUACAACCAAGGCGGACACGCAGUGCGACGCCACGAGCCGCUCCUAUCCUCACCCGUAUGGUGCAAGCUCAGGAUCGUUUUGAAAAGGGGAAUAUGGCAGAAAGCCUGUCUUUAAGGCCGGAAACCCCAAGUGAAACGCGAGACGAGUCCACCGCGUCGGCCCUCUCCACGCGACUCAUGCAAAUGUUUGGGUUCGAGAAGCCUGAAAAGGUUCUGGUCGAGUAUGCAUGCUCUUUAUUGCAGAGUAUGCUCCUUCAGGGCUACAUUGACCCGAGCAAGUCUGGCUAUGUGUCCAAACGUGGUCUAAAGAACCCCAAGUACAAUCGGUAUUGGUUCGUCCUGAAAGGCGAUGUGUUUUCAUAUUAUGCGAAUCCCUCGGAACUUUAUUUCCCUAGCGGCCAUGUGGAUCUUCGAUACGGGAUCUCAGCCUCUCUGGCAGACUCAAAGGCUGGAGACGGUGAUGUGAAGGACUUUCAAGUUACCACCGAUCAACGAACCUACUACUUCCGGGCAGAUAGCGCCCCAAGCGCGAAAGAGUGGGUGAAGACUCUACAGAAAGUUAUCUUCCGAUCCCACAAUAAAGAAGAUAGCGUCAAAAUCUCAUUCCCCAUAGAGAGUGUGAUUGACUUGGAGGAGAGUCCGAUGUCUGGAUUUGCCGAGACAUUCAAGAUUCGGGUCUUUGAUAGGUCUGAAACAUUCGAGAUCGAUGAGUAUUUCUUUUCGUUUUUCAGUUCCGGUAGAGACGCUUUCAAAUAUCUCAAGAGCCUUAUCAACUCUUCUCCCGCCAAACACCUUUCGGAAGAAUCGCCAUUGAAGAAGAACGAGAAGAACCAGUCAGAGUCAAGUCCAGUUGAAAUUGGACAUUCUCGAGAACGCAGUGCCAGUACCAGCGCUAGAAACGAAUUCCAGGGAUCUGCAGACUCCUUCGCUCAUUGUGCGGAGCAAGGAACAGAGUCAUCGGCUGCUGUUCGGUCAAUGACGGAGACAACAGAAUCUGCAAGCCAGAUUCUGAAAAGAAGUGAUGUUUUCCAAUCGCCAACCAUGCGUUCUUUACCGAGACGCUCGUCUGAUGGAGGAGAUGUGACCCGGCGCCGGUCUGACGAUACAGCUCGCUCUGCAACGGCUCGACUCGGCGAUAUAAACCCACUGACCGGGCAUUCCAACCGGGAUAGGAUUGUCGAAAACACCCUCUCCAGCUCCGAAUCUGAGGAUCAAGGGGGUAUUCCUUCCCAACACCAGUCGAAUGUACCUCUAAAUGACCUCGCCAAAGCUGGAGCCUACCCCCUACAGCGAGCAGCUGGACUUGCAGAGUACCUCAAGAGCAGAUCAAGACAAAUGAGCAGCUUGCUAGCUACAGAGUCCAUGGGCUAUAUCGAGAAGGUAUCUGGUAUGUGGACUGGUGGCCAGCAGCACUACGGGGAGACGGAAGAAGUAUUGCCUGAGGAUAGAACUGUGGAUCCUGAAGACCAUGAAGGCGGCUUGAACCACGGUGAUCGCUUUCGAGAACACUUUGCCCUUCCUGCGACGGAGAAAUUGCAGGCAACUUAUUAUGCAUACCUGCACCGUCUUCUUCCGCUUUACGGCAAAAUCUAUCUUAGUGAGAGGAAGCUCUGCUUCCGUAGCCUGAUCCCUGGCACUCGAACGAAGAUGAUUCUGCCAUUGAGGGAUAUCGAGAAUGUUGAAAAGGAAAAGGGAUUCCGCUUUGGAUAUCACGGACUAGUCGUCAUCAUUCGUGGCCACGAGGAGCUGUUCUUCGAAUUCAAAAGAGCCGACAGUAGAGAUGACUGCGCAGUUACAUUGCAUCAGCAUCUCGAGUCGGUCAAAUUCCUCGUGGAAUCGGGUGUGCUUGCAGAGGAAGAGCGCGAGGAGGUUGAAGCGGCCAAAACUGAGCAUCGCAUGCUACAAGAGGCUAGGCAUGAUAGCCCCGAUGAAAAUGAUUUCCGACCAACCCUCAGCGAAGAUUCGUCCGACAUUAACCCGUUCUUCGAUGACCCUCUUGCCUCGAUUAUCAAUUUCAAGCCUAACGAAUCGCUCAGAAUUACCUGUCUCACUAUCGGCUCACGGGGUGAUGUCCAGCCCUACAUCGCCCUAUGCAAAGGACUUCUCGCUGAAGGCCACAAGCCAAAAAUUGCCACCCAUGCCGAGUUUGAACCUUGGAUCCGGAAACACGGUAUUGACUUUGCUCCUGUCAGUGGAGAUCCCGCAGAGCUGAUGCGAGUUUGUGUGGAGAAUGGGAUGUUCACAUAUUCUUUCUUGCGAGAGGUCACGGCCAAGUUCAGAGGGUGGCUUGAUGACCUUUUAGCGUCAGCCUGGGCUGGCUGCCAGGGAAGUGACCUUCUCAUCGAGUCCCCUAGCGCAAUGGCUGGAAUUCAUAUCGCAGAGGCCCUUCGAAUCCCUUAUUUUCGUGGAUUCACAAUGCCAUGGACGAAGACUCGCGCCUAUCCACAUGCCUUCGGGGUUCCGGAGAACCGAAAGGGUGGGACCUACAAUUACCUCACAUAUGUCAUGUUCGAAAAUAUUUUUUGGCAAUACAUUGCGGGGCAGGUUAACCGAUGGCGGAACAAAGAGUUGGGACUCAAGGCCACCAAUAUGGACAAGAUGCAGCCGAACAAGGUUCCUUUUCUCUAUAACUUUUCGCCCUCGGUGGUACCGCCACCUCUCGACUAUCCAGAUUGGAUUCGCGUCACUGGAUAUUGGUUCUUGAACGAAAGUUCAGACUGGGAGCCACCAUCUGAUCUUGUUGAUUUCAUUUCUCGAGCCCGAUCUGAUGGAAAGAAGAUUGUUUACAUCGGGUUUGGAUCAAUUGUGGUCGCAGACGCAACUGCUUUAACAAAAGCAGUCAUUGAAUCCGUUCAGAAGGCAGACGUACGAUGCAUUCUUUCGAAGGGAUGGUCAGAACGUCUCAACGAUCCCUUGAGCGAUAAGGUCGAAGUUCCCCUACCACCGGAGAUUUUACAAAUUGAAUCUGCUCCCCAUGACUGGCUGUUUUCGCAAAUUGACGCGGCUGUUCACCAUGGUGGAGCAGGAACCACCGGUGCGAGUCUGCGCGCCGGUUUGCCCAUCAUAGUGAGACCAUUCUUCGGAGACCAGUUCUUCUUUGCCUCGCGGGUGGAAAAUCUGGGCGUUGGUAUUUACAUGAAGCUGUUGAAUGUCAGCAUCUUCUCGCGGGCACUUUGGGAAGUAACGCACAGCGAACGCAUGAUCGUCAAAGCUCGAAACCUAGGCAUUCAGAUCCGAAGCGAGGAUGGUGUGGCUACUGCGAUCCAAUCGCUGUACCGUGACCUUGAAUACGCAAAGACCCUUGUCAGGCAACGGUCCAAUGCCUCAUCUACGCCUUUCUCGCCAACGCCCGCAGCCAAAGCCACACCAGACCAUGGAGACGAUGAUGUUGACGACAUUGAGGAAUGGACUUUUGUUUGUGACGUUGAGCAACUUGCCCCGGGCAUGAAGAAGUGA